UACUGGGCUUUAUAUCAGCACUACCUCCCGAGGUCUGCUGCGGCCGGAGGUUGUGGUGGGAACUUGAGAGAGAUGGGCGCUGCUCUUGCCCACGCCAUUCUGGACUUCCUUCAGAGGACUGAGUCGGAAGCACGCGGUUUCCUAAAGAGCCCCACGUGUUCCAUGACCCACACAAGAGGAAACCCUGAUAUCUACUGCAGAUUUCAGGAGCUGGUGCUGGAGCUGGAACUGGAGUGCCGGAGGGCCCUGCCGGGUGCCUCCGGCAGAGAGGAGCCCUUCCUGUUCCAGGUGUUCCGGGAGAGGCUGAAGACUCUGGGAACCGGGCCUGCUUUGAGGGACAGGCUGCUCCGGCAGCAGGAGCUGCUCUUCCAAACAAGGAUUCUCUUAGGCCUGCCUCCGUCUGUUCUUGUGGCAACACAGAAGAAAGGAGGGGAAAUCACUGUGGCCUGUGAAGAGUUUUUCUCUUUUGUAAACACGGAACUGAGGAAUAGCUGCUCCAGAGGAUGUUCUCUGCCUUAUGACAUCACCGCUCAUUUCUUCAGGGGCCUGCUGAGCACCAGUUUGGAGUGCAACAGUCCUGCCCAGGAGGUGACAGCCGUGCUCUCUUCGUGCCAAGCCAGGUGUCCUGUCCUCUUUUGUUCUGCUGUGCGGUGGUGGCAGAGGCUGGAGCUUGUGCUUUGCUCACAGUGGAAGAGACUCUUGGGUGCUCCCCUCCCACGGGGGCUGCAAAGCCUCAAGGAUUUACAGUCUUCUUUCAACAGCUUUCUCUCAUCGGAAGCAACCUCCCUGCCCUCCAACGGGACGUGGGUUUCUGCUGCUUUCCUCCACUUCACUGUGCAGCAGCACGCAGAGCAUGAAAAAAGGGGGGAAGUGCUGAAAAGGUUGGGGCCCAAAGCAGAGCCGUUCCUGGUGUACGUCCUCUUCUUUUCUGUCAUGGAUUUCAUCUCAGCACAAGUGACCCCCCAGGAAGGCAUGGAUGUUCACAAAGCUUUGGAAUGGAGCUCCAGGGUGCUUCAGUGCUUGGCGGAACAAGGGGCUGGCUGGCUGGCCGUCUUUUGUCCCGCAGGAAAAGGCUGUAGGCUUUAUGAAGUCUUGCGGGAUGCCGUAUCCGAUCAGCACGUGAAGAUGUUGCCGGUUGCCUUCUACAGUCUCCUCUUCGCCCUUGAUGCGGAACAGCUUAUCAGAGAGCAAACAUUCCUGUACGUUGCUGUUGACAUGUACACACAGCUGCUCCAGCUCUUUACAGAAGGGACCGCAGCGCUCGGACCAAGCGAGGGGGAGCGAAGUCUACACGUCAGCAGACUUGGAGAUCCAUUAAUGCUGAUCAAACGAGCGCGACAGCUCCUACUCUGUGGAAUCCCCCAGUGUCCUCCAGAGAGCUGCUCCAACCUCCAAGAGAUGUUGGACCUCUGUGGCGUUCUGGACCCAGAGCUCAAGGCUGCCCUCGUCCGCACAGGAGGGGAUUCGCUUGAGGAAGGACUCCUGCUUUUCUGAAGGCCAAAGCCCACCAGCCAG